AGCAUCACCUGGGAGCUGUCAGAAACGCCGGUUCCUCCCCGCGCACCUCGGGCCUCGGCAGCCCGGGGGUGGGGCCCAGCCACGUGCGUCUCGCCCCAGCGCUCCGGGCGGGGCCGCGCCGCGCUGCGCCCAACGUUACCUGCAGGCUUUCCGCUCCGCGGCCGCCGCCGGGGGCGGGGGGCUUUUUGGAAACGCCGACUGUCGGGCUGCACCCAGACCCGCCGCAUCCCAGCCCGCGGCUAAACACGGUCCCCGCGGCAGCGGAGUCCGAGCAACCCCGGGCGGCGCUCCCGUGUCUGCAUGAUGUCAUGAGGACGUCUCCCCCACUAGGUCUUGACUCUGCUAACCGGGACCCCCCUGUGGUUUCAAGCUUGGACCUCAGCAGCACGAGGAAAUGUAGCUCAGCGGAUUGUAACGGAAAGCAUAUGGACAGGUCCACGGCCCAGCAUUUAGUUUCUCCUCUGGCUCAUCCAGUCGUUGUUGAAUGAAAGAGUCCCUGGCAGACUUCCUCGAACAGGUUUCCUAUUUGUAUUUCUAAGCUUUGGGUGCUGAGAGAUGGCGCUUAUGGGGUUCCUCUCUGCCUGAGCAUCGGGCCCUCUGGGCACUGGAAGAGCCAGCUCAGAUCCUGGGCUCUGCGCCUGCACAAGCCUUCUCCUCCAGCCACUUCAAUCCAGCGGCUGAACUGCUUGUUUCCUCUUAAUGAUGGGUAUUGGUAAGAACACUACGUCCAAAUCCAUGGAGGCUGGAAGUUCAACUGAAGGCAAAUACGAAGAUGAAGCAAAGCACCCUGCUUUCUUUACUCUUCCGGUGGUGAUAAAUGGAGGUGCCACGUCCAGCGGUGAGCAGGACAAUGAAGACACUGAGCUCAUGGCAAUCUACACGACAGAAAAUGGCAUUGCAGAAAAGAGCUCUCUUGCCGAAACCUUGGAUAGCACUGGCAGUCUAGAUCCCCAGAGAUCGGACAUGAUUUACACCAUAGAAGAUGUCCCGCCCUGGUACCUGUGCAUAUUUCUGGGGUUACAGCACUACCUGACGUGCUUCAGUGGCACCAUAGCCGUGCCCUUUUUGCUGGCCGACGCCAUGUGUGUGGGGUAUGACCAGUGGGCCACUAGCCAGCUCAUCGGGACCAUUUUCUUCUGUGUGGGAAUUACAACCUUACUGCAGACAACGUUUGGAUGCAGGUUACCCCUGUUUCAGGCCAGUGCUUUUGCAUUUCUGGCCCCUGCUCGAGCCAUCCUGUCUUUAGAUAAAUGGAAAUGUAACACCACAGAUGUUUCAGUGUCCAAUGGAACCACAGAGCUGUUACACACAGAGCACAUCUGGUAUCCCCGGAUACGCGAGAUACAGGGCGCCAUCAUCAUGUCCUCACUGAUAGAAGUGGUCAUUGGCCUCCUAGGCCUGCCCGGGGCUCUGCUGAAAUAUAUUGGACCCUUGACUAUCACACCAACGGUGGCUCUCAUCGGGCUGUCAGGCUUCCAGGCAGCAGGAGAGAGAGCGGGGAAGCACUGGGGCAUCGCCAUGCUGACAAUUUUCCUAGUAUUACUAUUUUCACAAUAUGCUAGAAAUGUUAAAUUUCCUCUCCCAAUUUAUAAAUCCAAGAAAGGAUGGACCGCAUACAAGUUACAGCUUUUCAAAAUGUUCCCUAUCAUCCUGGCCAUCCUUGUGUCCUGGCUGCUGUGCUUCAUCUUCACAGUGACAGAUGUCUUCCCUCCUGACAGUACAAAGUAUGGCUUCUACGCUCGAACAGACGCCAGGCAGGGCGUGCUCCUGGUAGCCCCGUGGUUUAAGGUCCCGUACCCGUUUCAGUGGGGACUGCCCACCGUCACCGCAGCUGGUGUCAUCGGCAUGCUCAGCGCAGUUGUUGCCAGUAUCAUUGAGUCCAUUGGGGACUAUUAUGCCUGUGCAAGGCUGUCCUGUGCCCCGCCGCCUCCCAUCCACGCAAUAAACAGGGGGAUUUUCGUGGAGGGUCUCUCCUGUGUUCUCGAUGGCAUAUUUGGUACUGGGAAUGGCUCUACUUCAUCCAGUCCUAACAUUGGAGUUUUGGGAAUUACUAAGGUGGGCAGUCGCCGGGUGAUCCAGUACGGCGCAGCCCUCAUGCUGGCGCUGGGCAUGAUUGGGAAGUUCAGCGCCCUCUUCGCCUCCCUCCCGGAUCCGGUGCUUGGCGCCCUCUUCUGUACUCUCUUUGGAAUGAUUACAGCUGUUGGACUCUCCAACCUGCAGUUCAUCGACUUAAAUUCUUCCCGGAAUCUCUUUGUGCUUGGAUUUUCAAUCUUCUUUGGGCUCGUCCUUCCAAGUUACCUCAGACAGAACCCACUAGUCACAGGGAUAACAGGAAUUGAUCAGGUGUUGAAUGUUCUUCUCACAACUGCUAUGUUUGUAGGAGGCUGUGUGGCUUUUAUUUUGGAUAACACCAUCCCAGGUACUCCAGAGGAAAGAGGAAUCAGGAAAUGGAAGAAGGGCGUGGGCAAAGGAAGCAAGUCGCUCGAUGGCAUGGAAUCCUACGAUUUGCCAUUUGGCAUGAACAUUAUUAAAAAAUACAGAUGCUUCAGCUAUUUACCCAUCAGCCCAACCUUUGUGGGCUACACGUGGAAAGGCCUCGGGAAGAGUGCCACCAGCCGGAGUUCAGAUGAGGACUCACAGGCCACGGUAUAGCUGUAGCUCACCCUGUGGCCCGGCCGCAGUGAGGCAUGAAUCUGUAGUUCCUUCCUGAAUAACAAGCAGUAACAUAUAUGUUUGUAUAUCUGCAUUUACAUUCUGCACCCAGAGCUAAGACGAUUACAAAUAGCUUUUUUGUUGUGGGUGGUGAUUGUGUCUAAUAUCGUGUCUCACCUGUCUCCUUAUUUAAGCCCUACCCUUUGCCCUUGAGAGUGUUCAUUGAACUUGAAGUUCCUAUCCUCAUAUGGGAGUGGGUGUUUGAAAUCCACAGCAGUUCCUUGGUUUGGGUCUCCUUCCACCACCGUGGGCUAGCUUUCCCACAAGCUGCCUCGGUGGCCCAGGGGCUUUCUAUCCUAGAAGCCCCUGGACCUGCCUCUGUUUUAUUUGACCUCAGCCUACAACCUGCAGAGACCUCCCUCUAGUCCAGGGGCACCACUAUUCUCACACUGUCACAGCUGACUGGUCAAAUGUGAUUCUGUGUUUCCUGAUACUCCUGAGGAAGGAAGCUCUUGACCUGGUUGAAAACAGUGAAAUGGUUACCCCAUGCCCAUGUCUGCGUGGGUGAGGUUUGUACAGGUAUUCUUAGAAUUGAAAUAUGUUGUUUGAGGGAUUGGAGGGGAAGGAACUUACCUUAAAGUCCUAUCUGAUUCUCAACUGCUCUUUCUUGGUACCACCCUUGCCCACACUGGGCCAGCACAUUUCAUACUGGCUUCUUUUUCACUAUAAUUGAGACACUCUGACAUUCAUCACUCUGGGCUGGUGUGAUGGGUAUAGAGUGCCACACAGGGCACUAAGCAGAUGUUUAUGGGAGUCUUGACUCUGCUGUCAUGUGGAUGUCAGUUACUGUUGCGCGUGUCUAUAAAUUACAAGAUUUUAUUCCUAUUUAAUGUUAUUGACUAUAGCAGAUUUUUGAAAUCAGUGUUUUUCCAUGUGACCCUCUUACCUUGCAUCCCUGUUACUUAUCUCCCACCCCUCACCUCCCAUUAAGAAAAGAACCAGCAUUUAUAAAGCUGUGGACACCAUCAGGGAAGCUUGUCGUCAUGGCUUUUGAAGGCCAGUAAUCAUUAUUGUGGUUGUGUUUUGUAUUGCUUGAUACCAUGAAAAUGUAAAUACUGUAAUGCCUAAUCUAUUUAUCAAAACUGACUACUGGACCAGAGCCCAGAAACCAUGGGUUAAGUUAUACGUGAAUUUGUUUUGUGAAGAAGGGAAGCUGGGGGCAGAUAAUCAACAGAGCAACCAUAUUGAGUGGUCAGACAUCUUGGUAAAUUCAUCACUGCAGUUGUGAGUUUUUUGAACUUAAGACUUAAGGAGACUUUGUGUGGGUUGCCACAUUGUGUGUCCACUGGAUCUUGAUUUUGCAAAGGGGAGGAUUUAGACCCCCUGGCCAAAUGCACCUUUAUUGUUUAAGUCCUUGCGAGGUGGUGAGAAAAGCAGUUGGCAGGGCCUCUUCUGUUGAGUUCUCGUUAAUAACACUAAAUCCUUUCUGAAAAAAUGACUUCUGUGGAAUUUGGUUUGAAAUUUUUUAGCCAAAGGAAAACCCUCAAGCAUGAAAUAGCAACCCAGCCACGUGAGGUGGUGCUUCUUAGGUGGUUUGUUGACCUGGUUGACCCUUGUACGGCCUCGGGUAUUCCUAUCUCAGACAGCAGGGCAUGGUUCUCAGCAGCCUUGUGUCCACUGGGUGCGUUUUCUUGCCCCCAUAGCUGGCUCCACUCCACCGCGUUGGGAUAUCCUUGGCAGCAUUACUGUGUCACUACAGCCUCCCUGUGACUCCUGGGAGUUUUGGGGCUUCGCAGCAGAUUCUGGCAGGAACGGUUCAGAGCUACUGCAUUGUUUUGGCCAAGAUCUAGUUGAAGAUUAAGUAAAAAAAAGUAUAUUCUAAAUUACAUUUAAUUCUGUAUGUUGUUUUUAAAAAUUUAUCUGAUGCAUAAUUAACUUUAGAAGCACACUGGUUAACGACUCUUAUCCCUUUAACUUGGUAAGCACUUGAUGCCUAAGGCCAUCCUGCACCGACCUGCUCUCAGUUUCCAUUUGCAUUUUUGCUCAGCGUCUUUAAUUUUUCUGCUCUGAAAAAUGGGGAAGACUGUUAAACAUGCCAGAGAUUCUAGCUCUCUAGAGGAGCAGAAGGACCAAAUAUCCAAAUAAAAGCAUCUGAACCAUUGGAUAAUCUUAACUGUCAGCUGAACGUGACCGGGCAUCUUCCCUCCCAGUGAGUGACACUCAGGAUAUGUGCUUCAAACAUCCCUGCUUGGGCUGGGUUGUAUUGGGAGAUUCCAAAUCUGCUGGUCUGGGGACUGUAAGCUUUUAAAUGUGGAGGGAAGCCCAAUACCCCCAUCUUCUGUUAGAAAUGAGGGGUUUGUCCUUCUUGUUCCACUGGGGCCAACUUUAGAUCCCCUAAGGUUGGGUAGGGGAAGGGGACAGGAAGUGGGGAAGAACGAGGGCAGCUCGACUAGAGGUCUCAAUGAGUCUGAUACUUUCUGUACAGUGUGAAACCUUAAGUGUUUGGAGUCUCUAUGAUUUAGACAGUGGUCCUCCUGCUGGCAAAUAUGUUACAGAAUGAGUCUGUAACGAAGAGAAAAAUGUAUUCAUCUGCUCCUUAGGCUUAAGCACAAACCUGAAAAGGAGGUUUCGGGGAAUGCAGUGGCGGUGCAUAGUCCGUGCCUGUGCACUUCCCACUUAUGUUGUUGGCCUGCAUUGCUGGGGCUGCAUACCCACCAUGCUUUGGCCAAAAGAAUGUUUUAAAGUGUUUUGGAUAUAACGUCCUAGGGCGGAGCAUUCAGACUCCAAUUUCCAUAGUGAGCAUCUUUACAUUUACCUUGGCAAUCUUGAUGUGAGAAGUACCAGGUAUUUAUACGGACAGUAAAUGCUGUCUUAUCAUGGUGGGUGGCAAGGGAGAUCCCACCACUGGUUUGAAUAAAAUAUCUAACAUGAUUGACAUAAUAAUGGGAAAUGGCUCCAGUCUUUGUCACAUUAGGGAAUUAAACUUAGAUUCAUUCAUACCAACCCUUUAAGAGGAUUUCAGAUGUUAACUUUUAAGUUUCUGGUGAUUGGUGAAGGCAAGAGAAGUGGCUUAACCAGGCCAGCUAGAAUGAAGCGUCACAAGUCCUGAUGGUUUCCCAUUUUCAUGGUAACAAAUUCACACACAGGAUUUGCUUUAUACUGUAGAAUACUGACUUUCAUGAUGACGACUUGGUUUAUGCAUGAAUAUUGCAGUAUUUCCAUAUAGUAAAAUAACAUUUCUACCCAGGAUAAUAGUCACAGUUUUCCAGGGAGGGAAUGAUACAAUUUUCAUGACAAUGUCAUGUGAUAAUAGAAUUUCUCCAUUGAUGAAUCUCUAGUACGUGUGUAUACUUUAUUUACCCAUGCGUCUAUUUUAUCACCAUGAUAAAGUUGGUAUUUCUUUAGUUCACGGCCCUGCUGAAAUACUGGUACUGGCAACUUAGACUUGAAGUUGGUAACUAUAAUCUUCCAAUACCGAUGCCACAAGAGUGGCCAGGCCAGGUAGAAGGUGAAUAAUAGGGAGCUGUGGCAGAUGUCUCCUUCUGGAACAUGUCUGACAGUGAGCAGCAGUGUCUGCGUAGGCGCCGCGCUCGGGCUGGACCCCGAAGCUACAGCCCCCAGGCACCCUGGCCAGCUGUGGCUGUGCUCUCACUGCCCAAGGGCCUGAGACUUCACUUGGCAGGGCCCACCUCUCAGGGGAGCCGCCCUUUGCCUCUGAGGAGCGCCUGGGGUUUUCACAUGCUGUGCGUGUGGUGCUCUGUCCCCUGAUGAUUCAGACACCCGCCACUUCAUCUGCAGUCACAUCCUGAGUAGCGCAAGAAGACUGCCCAUUGUUGCCGGCAUUUGGCCUCAACCAGUGGACAUGGAGAGAGAGCAUGUUAGCGCUGGGCACCCCUCAUUCAGCAGCCUCAUACACAUUCCUGUCCUUUUAGGUUGUCCUUGACUGUGCCUCGUCAUCACUCCACAGAAGUCACAUCCAGCAUCCUUAGACUUGCUGUGUCUGUUUCCUGGCACUUAGAGCACCCUCACCAGUGUUGCUGUCUCACUGACCCCUCAAUCUAAUCCCCUUUUCUGUUCGUUUGUAACAACCUUUGUGGGACACAUUAAUAAAUUUGACUGUUCUCAAAGCAGUGGGGAUGCCUAUAUUUUCCUUGAGUUUUUGUGACUGACUUUGGCUAUAUAUACCUUAAUGGGAUUUUUUGUUUUUUAUUUUUAUUUUGCAUACUGAGGGUAUUUGGGGGUGGGGUUGUUUUUUGAGAUGUGUAAUUCUUUUAUGGAGUUUUUAAAAAGAAUUUUCAUAUUGUUUUUCUAACAUGGCUUCAUUAAACGUUUAAGUAUUUUAAAAAUAUGUAAUAUUUGGACCAGAUGUUGUGAAUAAUAGUAGAGAUAAAGCUAUUUUAUUCUGUAUUUUUAAAACCGUUCCGUACAAAUAAAAGCUCUCCUGGACCCAG